UAUAAAGAAUGCCAGCUUGUCUCUCGUCCAUGUACUACUCUGUUUCUGUCAAUAACGACGACAUAUAAAGAGAAUGGUCUUAAUGGGCUUUAGAGAACUCAGGAGAGAGUUACCAGUUGCUCCUCUGUUUCGUCUUAUUUCUCUGAAUAGGUCAGACAAAGGAAGAGCCUUUCUAUCUCUAUCUAUGGCGGAUGCUCACGGAGAUGAUCUAGCUGAAUCGCUACAGAGUCUGUUCACGAAUGUAUCAUCCAUGGUGAAAUCCGAGCUCCAGGGAACGAACAAUCAGAUGGAUCUGUUGGAGAAGAUGAAUGUGAGAGUUGCGGCGGAGUACGAUGAUUUGGGUGACGUGGCGGCUGGGCUCAGAGUUUUUGCGGAGCAGAUGAAGUUGAAAAGUGGCGGCUUUGAUGAGUUCGUGGGACAGAUGGACGCGAUAGAGAAACAAGUGUCGGAGUUUGAAGCUGUCGUCUCUGUUCUUGAUCGCUAUGUCUCUGUCCUCGAAUCCAAACUUCGAGCCUGAGUAACGUCAUCAUCGUCUCUCUAAUAAUUCUGGUACAGAUUUGAUUCACCAUUGUAACAAUUAUCAUCAUCAUCAUCCUUUAUUUUUUUGUGUGGCUUUUUUCUUCUCUCAAACGUUUACUGAGAUUAAUGGUGAUCGAAAUGUAACGCAAUGCUAUCUGAAUUUUAUCAACCUUUGAACCUAAAAUAGGAAAG